UCCGGGGGUCAUGGUAAGUUUCAGCCUUUUUCUGCUGGGACAUUGAGCUGGACCUGCCCCUUUUGUGACUCAGAGAAGCCUAUGGGCUCUUGAAGGUGAGCACUGACAUCAGGGGAGAGAAGGAGACCUGCUCUCAGAACUGGAUACCUGAAUCAUGGGUGAGAAAGAAGAGUUGGAGAAAGGGAAAGGGAGUCUGCUCGGGAGGCUCACUGAACCAGCUGCCCUUGAUUCUACUCCAUUGUCCUACCAGGGCCAGGUGUGGAUGCCUCGAGAUUGAUGGAGCCGUAAGGAAAGCAGCUGCCCCUGCUGCUUCUCAGGAGGUGGCAGGGUAACUACUCCAUAGAGGUGAGGGGAUGGAUGCCCGGACAGUGCCACCCGUGACUGCCAUGGAGGUGCCCAGCAUCAAAGAUUUCCACUGGAAGACCCUGGCCCCACUGCCCAGUCGUCGGGUCUACUCGUCCCUGGUGGAGACUGGAGGACAGGUCUAUGCCAUAGGAGGCUGUGAUGACAAUGGGGUCCCCAUGGACUGCUUUGAGGUCUACUCCCCUGAGGCUGACCAGUGGACUUCCUUGCCCCCCAUGCCCACGGCCCGGGCUGGGGUGGCUGUCAUUGCCUUGGGGAAACGGAUCAUGGUGAUUGGGGGUGUGGGAACCAAUCAGCUGCCCCUGAAGAUUGUGGAGAUGUACAACAUCGAUGAGGGCAAGUGGAAGAAGAGGAGCGUGCUGAGGGAGGCCGCCAUGGGCAUCUCUGUCACUACAAAAGAUUACAGAGUUUACGCAGCAGGAGGAAUGGGGCUGGAUCUUCGCCCCCACAACCACCUACAGCACUAUGACAUGCUCAAGGACAUGUGGGUAUCAUUAGCCCCCAUGCCCACUGCAAGAUAUGCUGCCACUUCCUUUCUCCGAGGUUCCAAGAUCUACGUGCUAGGGGGACGCCAAUCCAAGUAUGCAGUCAAUGCCUUUGAGGUCUUCGACAUUGAAACACGCUCAUGGACCAAGUUUCCCAGCAUCCCCUGCAAACGAGCCUUCUCCAGUUUUGUCCCCAUGGAUGGCUAUCUGUAUAGCCUGGGGGGCCUGCGGCAAGGUCGCCUAUAUCGACAACCCAAGUUCAUGAGGACUAUGGAUGUGUUUGACAUGGAGCAGGGAGGUUGGAUGAAGAUAGAGCGGUCUUCGUUCCUGAAGAAGCGCAGAGCUGACUUUGUAUCAGGCUGCUUAAGAGGGCGAGUCAUAGUGGCUGGAGGCCUGGGGAACCAGCCCACAGUCCUGGAGACAGCAGAGGCCUUCCACCCAGGGAAGAACAAAUGGGAGAGCCUGCCUCCCAUGCCCACUCCCCGCUGUGCCUGCUCCAGCAUCGUCAUCAAAGGCUGCCUCCUCGCAGUGGGAGGCGUCAAUCAGGGAUUGAGCGAUGCUGUGGAAGCCCUGUGUGUCUCAGACUCCUAGCCUCGAGAAUCCCAUUCCUCGGAGAUUCGUUGUUUCUCGGCAGGGUUAAAUGAUUUCAUCAAAGCUGACUUCAGUAUGUGAAAAGUGGGCAAGAUCUCCAGGGGCUCACACUCCUGAAAUCCACCCACCCCCACCCAGCCCUAUCUCCCAAGAGUGUGAAGAUAAGUCACUGGACACAUGUCCAACCGGUCUCAAGCAGGGAAAGUCCCACCCUGAUCUCCAGCUAUUGAAAGGUAGACGGACACCCCCCCUCCCCAUGCCAGCCUAUACUUUCCUAUCAUCUGCCCUUACAGCUGGAGACAGAGUUCAAUGUCUUCUCACAGCCUGAUGUAAUAGGCCGUUGGAGGUCAAUGAGUGCUGGUGAGUAGUGAAUUUGGCCCCUCAGUAAUUUGGGAGACUGCCCUAACUCAGUGAUGGACUAGGACCAGAAUUUGUCUGACAAACGGGGAAAGAGAGAAAGCUACAGCCUCACGCCCAGGCAGGGGCGAGGGGCGGUCAUGCCAGACGAUGAAGGCAAGUAUGGAGGAGACGGAGGAAUCUCCUCCAGCGGCAGUGCUGGGGACUAGCAGAGCCUGAAGAGACCAGCUCUGACAGGCUACAGAACAGGGGCUGUCUAUAUCAAGCCAGGAGCCAGAGUCACAGAGAGGAUGCUGGAUUUGCUGAAACUGUUCAAAGUGCUGACGUUGAGGCUGGUGAUUCCUCGGGCUGUAGCCAUAGUUCCUGGGUCCCUUUGGGCAGAGGCAGCUGACUGAGGGUCCAAGCCUCAAGGGUGGAACUCAUCCCCUCUCCUUGAAAU